CAUAAAGCCAUCAUAAAGCAAAAAUAAUGACAUUAAUAAAUAGUGUCAUGUGAUUUCAAAAAUUGUUUCAUCUUUGUUAUUUUAUCGACUUUCUUAUAGUCUCGAUAAUUGAUUUUGUGUGACUAUUUCUUACUGCGGUUCCAGAAAUUUCUUUCUCAUAAACAUAGUACCACAAAUACUGUUCCUUAAUUCUAUAAUAUGGCAGGACAAAAAGAUGUAGCUGUGGUGAAUGAAGUAGAAGCUCACGAACUAUUAGAUAAAAUUAUAAUUCGGCAGUUACAUUUAAUGGAAGACAAAAUGCGUUGCGAGCUUAACAUAGAAUCAAGCAUUAACAACGCUUGUAUCCAUCUCGCCAAAUCGCGAUACAUAAUGGGGCAGAGUUCCGUGAGUACAACCCGUCUGCCUACAGAAAGUAGCCCAGAUUUCGCAGCAUCCACUCAAUGCGAAACCAUAGAGGAGGAUGGUAUCAAACAGUUUAGUUUAGUGGAAAAUAAUUCAGAAGACACAGUGAACCCACUACGCUGGUUCGGAGUUCUAGUGCCACAAAAUUUGCAUAAAGCCCAGAGCAUUUUUCAGAAUGCAUUAAACUAUGUUGUUGAAUGUGCCAAUGUUCAAUUACAGAUACAGGAAAAUAUGAAAAAUAUCCAAGCAAUAAAGAAUUAUAUUAAUUCAUUGAACUCUUCAUAAAGUCUUGCUGGUAUAUUGCAAGUGUGGUAAAGUUCUUGUUUCCUUAAUAUUUUUAUGUUCAUUACCAAAAACCAGCACAUUCACAAUACUGGAAGUAUUGUAACAAUACAAUUUUACACAAUAAUAUAACACAAUGUUCCAUUUUAUUAUCAAUGGAUGGAUAUACAUAGAUGUCAACAAACCAUCAGACUAUAUUUUGACUUCAUUGAUGCAUGAGCAAUACAUUAUCAUGGUGAUUAAUGUAUGUUCAUUCGUUCACAAACACUACACAUAUGAAGCUUGUCAAUGUGUUUAUGUGCCAGCUUUCGUUAAUUAUUAUUGACUUAUAACAGUUCCUGUAUGGGUUAUAACAGGAACAUGCAUUCCAUGCUUGUAAUGGUUGACAGUAAUAAUUAUCUGAAUUGUAUGAUACUGAUGUGUUGCCAUAAAUCCUUAUUUAUCUUAUGAUCAAUAUGAUUAUACAAUUAAUGAGCACAAGCAACCUCAUCAAGUUGUAUUGAUCAAGAAUUGACUUGAUUAUUAAAUGUUGGCACAAAGUACUUAUUAUAUUUUGGUACAAAUUAUCUCAGAAGGUUUCAUAACAAACUAUAGUUUUAAUCUGGAAGCACUGUUAUGUAUCAAUAUGAAGGAUUUUCUAUGGUAUAUGCACUGACUGUCAUGAGAUUGCAUUGAAUUUCCCAGGUGAGAGUGCAGUGAUUAUGCAUAAAGUACUUUGAAGUUCAAGUUAAGGCAAGUUUUGCUUUUGUUUUAUUGUGCAUACAUAUUGCUUACCAUCAGAAAAGUUGUUUGUAAAUUUCCCUAUCAGUUGUAUAAAGAAAACGAGGUUGUAGUAUUACAUAAUUGAUUGAAACCUGAAAUUGAAUAUUGAUGAUAUGACAUUUCAUGUUAAAUAUUAUGUUGAUUUUUUAUAUCCUGUCAUCACACUACUGCAAGUUGCAAAUAUUAAAAAUAUUUAAUAUAAAUAUUUCCAUAUUUAUAGUCUUAGAUACCAUCAUAAAUACACAUUGCAUGAUUGGUUGUAAAAUCUUUGAAAAUUACAUAAAAUUUUGUGAAUCAUGUUAAUUGUUGAAUAUAGUUUUACUAGUUACAACUAAAGUUAGCUUUGUUAUAAUUAUAACAUAGUUGUAUUAUUGCUUGUUAAUAUAAUUUUAUUUUGAAAAUAAAACAAGUUAGCAUAUUUAUAAUAAUUUAUUUGUUUUGAACGGUCAUGUGUUCACUAGGUGUAAGUUAGACAUCAACAUCUUAUUGUAGGUACAUAUUAAGUUCCAUCUGAGUAGACAGUAAUGAAUGAGAUGUUCACACUGCCAAAAAGUAAUUUGAUAAAUGUUGAAUUAAUCAAUUUAUGUUUGUCAACUCUACGUAAUCAUAUCAUUAGCGCGUUGACUGCGGCGACAAUUAUUUAUCCAUGCGUAUCAUCAUGCGCAAGUCUUCCGACGAUUGCGUAGCUGACCUGAACACUAUGCGGCAUAUAUUACGCUUGUAAAAAUUAGUGCUACAAGACUCUCGCCAUGAUAACUUUGUAUUUGUGUCAGCUACACAAAAUAUAUCAUAUAAUAUGUAAUGCAUGCCUGUAGCUUCAUUUAUUACACUGGCAGCUUACACCUCUCGUAUUGUUAAUUUUUUCAAAGCACAUAUGACGUUUUUUUUACCGCUCAAUGGCCUGGCUUUGCGCGUUUAUGUAUGCGCCGCAGUCAAUAUAUAAAAAAUUGAUGAUACAAAACAUCUAUACUUAUAUUAAACAUUGUAUUAAAACACUGAA